AUUCGAUCGAUUUGGAAUUGUUAACUGGAUGUCGCAGCGGUCGGUGAAGCUUGUGAUGGUGUGUGGAUUGAAGUUAAAAUAGUUCCAAAGAAAGAGGUAAAAAUGGGCCAGCAAGAGUCCAAACAUAAACUUGACCAGGUGACACAGUCGUUGAAUAGAAUCCGAAAAGACGUCCGAGUUGGAAAAAUCACAGCCAACGAUGUCGAAAGAAUCCAGCUACUUUUGCAGAAAUACUCCAGAGAUAUAGAAGGUAGCAGGAACGUCCGCGCUAGCAGCGUGUACACGGUAGAGCAACUAAUCGAAAUCACCUCCAAAGAACUAGAUGCUCUGAAACAAGAAGUCAAUCUAGAUCUAGCUGCCGUCCCCACCAACUCGUUCAGUCGCGCGUCGUCGAAAAAAUACUCCAAAGACAAACGCAAGUCAGUCAGGUCCAUCACCGAUGCCGUCCAAGACAUCAGACGCCAGAUCCGGAACGGCAAAAUUCAACCCGAGGAGUACGAGCGCUUGCAACAAGACCUCGUCAACUACUCGCAACUCCUCGCCCAAAAAUCCAAAAAGAGCGACAACGACGCCGCCCAAAAACUCAUUUCGUCAGUCACCCAGGAACUCCUAACCAAGUUUGAGGAGGACUCAAAGUCAGAAGCGGGCUCCCUUCGUCGACCCAACUCCUCCCUAAAACGCGCGUCUCUCUCCGAAAAACGACAAUCCCUAACCGAGAAACGCACCUCCUGGAAAGAAGAACCGAAGAAAGAAGCGCCGAAAAUAACCACCAAAGACAGCAAGAGCACCCUCGACGAUAUAGAAAAGAAACUCGAGACGUUGAAGACCGAAGUCAAGGUAGCUCAAACGAACAGAGACAAAAGUCGCCUGCACUUUUUGUCAAAGUCGAUUCAAACCCUAAUGACCGACCUCCAAAUGGUCAACGUCAACAACCAGAUACUCAACGAAGAACGCAAAGAACUCUUGGAGAAGAAUUUGCAGAAGGCGUUCCAACAAAUCGACAAAAUCAAGAGGCAGUUGACGGAAGAAAGCGACCUCAAGUAUCUCGCGGAGCUCCACCAGAAGGAAAUGCGGGAGAAGUGUGUCCAGGACUUGGACGAAAUCCACAAGGGGUUGUUGACGAUCGGGAAAAACCUGAACCAGAAGAACUUCAACACGGAGAAGGAAACCUUCAACGGGUACAAGAACAAACUGAACUCGAUUGAAGAAAUGGAUCAAGAAAUAGGGUUGAAGAAGGCGGAGGUGUCUGACGUUUUGUUGAACGUGGAGAACGCUUUCACGCGGGUGGAAAUGGAAGAACGGUUGAACCAAGCCGAGUGGAGGCACUUUCAGUACAAAAUCGACCUGAAACAGUUCACUGAGACCAUGCAAAGCGACACCUACAAGAAACAUCGACAAUACCUAACCCAACUCAGGGAAUACGUCGGUAAGGUUUUGGAAAUCAACACCAAAAUCGACGAGAAGAAAAAAUACGUUUUGUACAACAUUGACAAUAAUAUAGUGGCUUUGGAUCAGAAAGCCAAAGACAAUGAAGAGAAACCGAAGCAAGUGGUUUUGCGAAAGACAAACCCAAGUGAUUUGGUGGCGGCUGCGAAUGGUCUUCCAGACACUUAUUCUUCAGACGAACUAAAAGACGUGGUUCCUCUUUUGACACAAGUCAAAGCGAUCAUUGACCACAAAUUGACUCUAUGUCAAACCAAAACCACCACUGACAAAUUAGUACCCCAAAAUCCAAGUCAAGUCAAGAGGGACGAUCCAGACAUUCUUUUAGUCACAGUCAAGGAAACAAGUCUUCAACCUGUAUUCAAUUCAGUGCCUCCAGUGCACACCCAAAUCGACAACAUCCAAAAAGAAGUGGAAACCCUCCAAGUCCUCAUCGAAAACUCAAGGUACACCAAGGAGACCCAGCUUUACAAAGACCUGAAAAACAAACUCGAGAGCUACCGAAGCGAAGUUGACGCUCUAUCCCGUGACGACGAUGGGGCUAAAUCGGGCGAAAACCUCGUCAAAUACAUCGACAACGUCUUGCUCCUUCUAGACAACAACAUGUCAAGCCGCAAAAGUACUACAGAAGAUAUUCUAAUAGAUAUCAUGUCUGUGAGUACUCGAGUCAACGAUUUGGGGAACAAAAUCCAAAACUUUAGUCGCACGAUCCAGGACUACGACACAAUCAAGAACAGUCUUGUCGACAAUAAAAACUACUUGAAAAAUCUUCAAAUAACGUCGAAUCGUGGCAACCUUGCCAAGUCCAGAGAUGAUAUAGUCCAACAAAUCGACCGCUAUUUGGCGAAUUUGGAAGAUAUGAAGAAGAACGACAACGCUUCGGGUUCCGAGGAAGAAAAAAUCUUCAACAAAGACUUGCGAAAGUUGAAGGAAAAAGUUUCGCGGUAUAGUGGUACCUACAAGAACGUGUUGUACAAGACGAUUGAGAACGACUUGGACAAGUAUUUCAACAAAGCGGAUAAGGUAUUCAAGGACGGUCACGUAGCUUUCAAGGUUAAGCAAGACAUAGAGAACACCAAGAUGAUUUUGGAGCAAAAAUCAACCAAAGACCAACAGUACGACAAAGUCAAACGCGACGUCAGACAAUCCGGGAGUAAGGAACUAACGGAAAUUAGACAAAACGUGGAAAGUGUCAAAGAAACACUCAGUCAGAACGAACCAAUAAGCAAAGAAGAACUAGAUAAGCUUGACGCGAGAUUGACGUUGUCGAUUUUGGCACUAGACAACAUCAGAGAUGACCAUUCUAGUGAAGCCAAAGACCGACUAUACAACGACAUACAUUUAUAUUUUCAGAAAAUCCAAGAACAGAAGUUAUUGACUAGAGCCAGCCCCCACGUUGUCGAAAAAGCGCAGCCAAAACACCACGACGACUCCCAAACCAUGGCGAUGACAAUAGCCAAAAUCGCCCACGAACUAGAAGAAAUCAAGCCCGAAAUUUUGAGUUUCGUGGGGACUGAAACCAGUCCGAAUUUUCUCCAUAUUGACGAAAUCCUGGUCAGAGGAACUCUGAAACUGGACGAAAUGAACGUCGACCAGACCCACGAGUUGUACAACCAGAAGGCUAAACUGAUGCGAGAUAUACACAAGUACAGCGACAUUCUCGACGACAGGAUCAUGAAGACGGAGGAAAUCGAGAAACUGGAGAAGGAAGUGAAGAUCAUGUUGAUCAAAAUCGAUUCUUUCAAUGGGUAUUUUGGCGACUCCGAGUAUACGUAUCUGGACGAAGAAAUAAUUAAAUUGAAAGUGAGUUUGGGUAAGCUUCAAGUCAACAAUGAGUUGGUUUUGAGGAAAGAAGCUUGCAUUAGAGAAGUCGAUAGUUGUAUGAGGAAAUUGAACGAAGCAGCUAAAAGCCGCAAUAAUGUUUUGACAGGAACCUUAGUCUAGAUACUAUUGUCUAUUUAUUAGAGUAAAAUGUGUUCAUAAUGUACGUGCCAUUAAUAAUAAAAUUUAUUCAACCAG